AGUGGUGACACUUUGGGCUCCGCCCACCACUGACACAACAAACCGGUCCAAUGAGACCGACAACUUCACAAGUUCCGAGUGUUUUUUAGGAGUUUGUCGGAUUAAUGCCUUUACACACGGGAACACACCAGUCUAAAUUUAACUACAGUACCUAUAGCUAUCAAAGAAAUAAACAAACUCAUCUCCAGUCAAAAUGGACCCCAAGAAGAAUAAAGUCUUAUCCAAACUGCGAGAUAAAACCAAGCCCCUGUUUAAUGUAAAGGCGGGGAAGAAAGCCAAGAAGACUCCACUGAAAUACAGGAGGAGCAUUUCAGUACCAGACUUGUAUAGUGCUCAAUUCACACCAUCUCUUCUAGACCCUACUGUUCAGUCUUCAUUCCCUGACCCAUUUGUUGUACCAGUUCAUUCAUUGGUUCCUGAUGACACAAAUUAUGAAACCUCCAGCCUAACUGACAGUCUCACUGCCACAGACACAACAUCAUGUUCAAAGUCCACUGACUCCUACACUGUCCCAGAAUCCCCAUUUUCAAAAAGGGUUCUGGGCCAGUACAGUGCUACAGUUACUUCUUUGGAUCCAAUAAUUUCCCCAAAUACACAGUCAUCAGCCCAGAGCUUGGACCAAUUUUCACCCCCAUACACAUCACCAGCAAUCACGUCUCUAGCAUCAGAGAGGCCAGCAUUUGUCAGUGUACCUGCCACAAAGGAUAAACCAGACAAACGGAUGGAGGACCGGGAAAGAAGCACCACAUGGUACAUAGAGGACAGUGAGUCAGCUUGUAGCACACCAUCUGAGGACCGCUCCUACAUCUGGCCUCCUGAGCAUGAGCUGACAGUGUUAGAGCCCAUUACACCAAGGUCCACAGAGAUGUUUAUUAUCGGAUCAGCCGAGGACAGGAAUGAAGUUACCAAUGAGACCAAUGACUAUGACACCAAUUUCUCAGGAAGAGAAAUGAAAAAUUCAGGAUUAAGCGGUGAAGCCCAGUUUACUCCAUCAGGUCAGAAACUUCAUUAUCUCCUCACCAUCAACCUAAAGGAGGGAAGAAACCUGGCCAUCAAAGACCGCUCUGGUACCAGUGACCCUUAUGUCAAAUUCCAAAUAAAUGGCAAGACAGUCUACAAAAGCAAAGUUGUAUACAAGAACCUUAAUCCUGCAUGGAACGAGUGUUUCUCCAUCCCUAUCAGGGACCUCGAGCAGAAUAUCUCUGUUAAGGUGUAUGACCGAGAUUUGAGAUCUCGAGACUUCAUGGGUUCAAGCGCCAUCACUCUCAGUAACUUGGAGUUGGACAAAACAUCUGAGAUGAUCUUGCGUUUGAAAGACCCUGGCAGUCUGGAAGAGGACAUGGGAGUAAUAAUCUUAGACGCCUGUGUGUCCAUCUGUGAGGGGCCCACCAAACGAAAUAAAUGGCCACUUAAAAGGAAAGGAAGCUUCAAUAAGGGUCAGCUCCGAGCGGCCUCUAUGCAGAAAAGCCAAGUGUGGAAUGGAGUAUACACUGUGGUGCUGGUGGAGGGGCAGGACAUGCCUGAGAGUGGCCAAGGGGAUGUCUUUGUCCGCUUCAAACUAGGGGAGCAGAGGUUCCGAAGUAAGAAUCUGUGCAUUAAGACCAAUCCACAGUGGAGGGAGAAGUUUGAAUUCAACCGUUUUGAGGAUGGUCAACCAGAUGUGUUGCUGGUCGAGCUCUACUGCAAGAAGGGCAGAAAGUGUGAGGAAUGUUGGGGAGUGAUUGAACGUGACCUCUCACAGCUGCCAGCCAAUACAACACAGACAUACAAUAUGAUUACCGGCAAAGGUCGCCUGGUGUUUUUGGUCACACAGUACCCCUGUUCUGGAGUCUCUGUUUCAGACCUGGGCUCCACAUUUUUAGACAAUCCAAACACCUAUGAAAGCACCCUCAAGAAAUAUAGUCUGAAGAACACACUGGACAAUAUGCAGGAUGUCGGCUAUCUCCAGGUCAAGGUUUUACGGGCUACAGACCUUUCAUCUACAGAUCUGAAUGGUAAGAGUGACCCAUUUUGUGUGCUGGAACUUGGAAACAGCAAGCUGCAAACUCAAACCAUCUACAAGACCCUCAAUCCAGAAUGGAGAACAGCAUUUACAGUACCAAUUAAGGACAUCCACGAUGUCCUAAUGCUGACUGUUUUUAGUGAAGAUGGAGACAAAGCACCAGACUUUCUGGGGAAAGUUGGUAUUCCUUUGCUUACUGUUUCGAAUGGACAACAAGUAACCAAUCUUUUGAAAAAGUACAACUUGGAAGACACAUCGAAAGGAAGCAUUACACUGGAGAUCAACAUUUUCUAUAACCCAGUCAGAGCUGCCAUUCGUACCUUCCAUCCCAAAGAAACAAAGCUUGAGGAGGAUAAUCCAAAGUUCAAUAAGAAGCUGUUAGCACGCAACAUUUACCGUGUGAGGAGGAUCAGCAUGGCCAUUCUGUAUACGCUGCAGUACAUUAAGAGCUGCUUCCAGUGGGAGAGCACUCAGAGGAGCAUCAUUGCCUUCCUGAUCUUUGUAUUGACAGUGUGGCACUUUGAGCUGUUCAUGUUGCCUCUUUUCCUCCUGCUGCUCAUCGGCUGGAACUAUUUCCACAUCACGGCAGGCGUGGGCAGCCACAGUCAGGACCUGGAAAACAUCUCUGCUGCAGAGGACGAAGAUGAAGAUGAAAAGGAAUCAGAGAAAAGAGGCCUGAUGGAGAAAAUCCAUAUGGUUCAUGAAAUUGUGCUCACCGUCCAAUGUGUUCUCGAUGAAAUAGCAAGCUUCGGAGAAAGGGUAAAGAAUACUUUCAACUGGUCAGUGCCAUUCUUGUCCUUCCUGGCCUGUUGCGUCAUGUUCAUUGCUACAGCUACACUCUACUUCAUCCCUUUGCGCUACAUCGUCUUGUUGUGGGGUAUUAAUAAAUUUAUAAAGAAGCUCCGCAACCCAUAUGCCAUUGAAAACAACGAACUACUGGAUUUUCUCAGGAGAGUACCAUCUGAUGUUCAGAAGGUGCAGUAUUGCGAGCUGAGAGCGCCUGGCAUCCAGACUGCACAGAAGAAGAGGCGCUAGAGCUCAUGGAUGAAAGGGCGAGACAGUGGUUGAAAGUGUUCCCCUCCCUUCCUGUAGAAUCAGGUGGAGCCCCUGCCGAUCAGACUUAUCUACUGUGGGGAGGCUGCUCAGCCCCUCUCAAAUGUCAGUGUAUGUGUGUGCGUGAAUAUUAUGUCAGUCAGUAAUUCGCAGACCAGCAUUUUGGAAUGCAAUUAAUAGAGCUUGAUCAUGAUAAAGAAGGUGAAGCAAAACACAACAAGCAAUUAAUAAGUCAAUGAAUACAAUAAAAAUAUAAAUUAAUAAGCGACACAAAAUGUCCUUUUGGUAUAUUAAUUUUAUUUUUAAUAAAAGGUGAUUAGGCCUGCAUGACACGUGAUAAAGUACGUACAGAGCAAACAUACUGAUGAAAAAUGUAAUAAAACAUUGUAAUGCAAACAGUUAUAUUUAUUAAUACAGUAAUCCCCCGUUUAUCGCGGGGGUUAUGUUCCAAAACCACCCGCGAUAAACGAAAAUCCGCGAUACACGGACUCCACCCCCAAAUGUUUUUUUUUCCAUAAAAAAUGGAAAUGACCGUAAAUGACCCUCCCACACUCUUUAAACACACACAGAAAACAUUUGCAAGCAUAGAGCGAGAUUAAUUUUGGGUAAAUUCAUAGAAAUAUCACAUUUAUAGUGAGUACUGUAUGUAUGUAUGUUCCUUGCCAGAAGCUUUAGAAGGUGCAGAGGGCUUACAGAAAAACCGUUAGAAUACAGUGUACACAAAACAAUACAAAACACUCGGAACGGUGACACGCGAAGAACUGGGACGCUGGAGAAUUCUGCUUCCCUUUCCCCAACUGCACGCAUAGCCAGCAGCCAAUCACAACCGUGAUUAAAUUAAUGGGGCAUUCCGAUUGGCCAGACUCAGUCCUCCAGCCGUAUUGUAUUUUGAUUUUCAGCAUCCCCGCACCGUGCUUCCUAAACAACGCUACGCUGUACAGUAUUUAAUAUAUAUUUAACAUUUUACUUUAUUUUAAUUAAUGUUUAUAUUUUGUAAUUAAUAACUGUAUUUUUAUUAAUAAAUGACCUUAUUUCAACAUUAAAACAAUUCACUAUAAGAUUUACAGAUAACGUGAUAUACCGGGAAAAUCCGCAAAUAAAAUUAGUUAUGUUCCAAAUCUGCGAUAUACCGGGAUCACGAUAUAUGAACCACGAUAUAGCGGGGGAUUACUGUAAUGCUUUUUUUUAUGUACUAAUGAAUGUGUAUGGACUACAUGAUUUGUAUUUUUCAUCCUAUACAUUUUGUAAUAAAA